AGUCCGAGCCGAGCCUGCGAGGGUUUAGGUUGCGUCGGAGACAUUGUGCGCGUCUGGUCAGAGCUUCUCGAUUAUACUAACGCAACUAUUCCGAAAUGGCUGACCAACUGACAGAAGAGCAGAUUGCAGAGUUCAAAGAAGCAUUCUCAUUAUUCGACAAGGAUGGGGAUGGUACCAUCACCACAAAGGAACUUGGCACUGUUAUGAGGUCGCUUGGACAAAAUCCAACAGAAGCAGAAUUGCAGGAUAUGAUCAAUGAAGUAGAUGCUGAUGGCAAUGGAACAAUUGACUUUCCUGAAUUUCUGACUAUGAUGGCUAGAAAAAUGAAGGACACAGACAGUGAAGAAGAAAUCAGAGAAGCAUUCCGCGUGUUUGACAAGGAUGGGAAUGGUUAUAUCAGUGCUGCUGAAUUACGUCACGUGAUGACAAACCUUGGGGAGAAAUUAACAGAUGAAGAAGUUGAUGAAAUGAUAAGGGAAGCAGAUAUUGAUGGAGAUGGCCAAGUAAACUAUGAAGAGUUUGUACAAAUGAUGACAGCAAAGUGAAGAGUGUACAGAAUGUGUUUAAAUCUCUUGUACAAAGAUGUUUAUCUGCCUUUCUUUGUUUGUAACUUAUCUGUAAAAUGUUCCCUUACUGUCAAAAAAAUGCAUGUAUAGUAAUUUAGAAUUCCAUCCAUGUUUCCCAUCUUGUCAUAAUUUUUUUUUUUUUUUUUUUGUUUAUUUUGUUUUUUAAAUCCAAGUAUCUAGUCUGCUUGUUGGAAUGUGGAGUAAACAACUCUAAAACUACAGAUCAUUAACAAUAUUGAACUUAUGUUGCACUAAUGCAAAACUGGUAAAUCCAGGUACUUGUCUCGUACACACUUUUUUUUUCCCCUCCCCUUCCCAGCUCCCCCCAUACUUUUCCUGACCUGUGUACGGAACAUUCACAUUGCUUUUUUUCUUUUUUUUUUUUCUUGUUCAACUGCAUUCACUGGUGAGAGCUCUGCAGAACAACAUUGUUCAGCACAGAGUUCCUCUGCUGGUAUAAAAAAAAAAGUUUACUUUUUGUUUUCAUUUCUUUUUGUUUAGCCACUUCCUUCCUUUAAACCUGCUUAUGGCACAAUUUGCCUCAAAUCCAUUCCAAGUUGUAUAUUUGUUUUCCAAUAAAAAAGACAAUUUACUAUG